AUGUUGCCGGCCUGUGCCAUAGUGGCAAUGACCUCCGUAGUCUUUAUAACCACAGCAGUCGUAGCUAUUUAUAACGCCGGUUUCAAAGCAUAUGAUUGUCCAAUUCUGAGGGAUACUAUCACCGUGGCUCUACUUGCUGACAACAGGAAUCAAUUCGACCUUCCGUUAGAUAUUCACUUAGAUCCCCAUGAGUCGAGGCUUAUGAUCUGCAAUGGCACCGAGUUUAGUACCAGUUGCCAGGAAGACGGGGUAUUUUAUCCACCACUACCCAGUCCAAACUGUGUAGAGACCCUAAAGCCAUUUAUUGAAUUGGUCCAAGAUCCCAGUUGUCCGCAUACCAUAUAUGUCGUGGGUUUAUCGGACGGGACUAGACAAAUGGAGCUCUUUCAUAGCUCUUUUUUCCUUAAAAAAUAUUUAAUUUCUGCCACAGAUGAGGCGUCUUUUCAACAGAGUAAUAUUUAUAAUCGGUUUGAAGCUCUUCUGGGACCGCAACAGCGAUAUAUUGCUUCUCCACAAAGUCCCUCCUUCGACCGAGGACACCUGACUCCCGCCGCAGACUUCCCCAACGCCUGGGCUAGCCAGCAGACUAAUAGGUACCUAAAUGGUGUCCCCCAAUACUACAGAAUCAACCGAGGCAAUUGGAGGAAUGUUGAAAAUUGGAUUCGUCAACAACACGACACCCAGAUAGUCUGCACCGGGGCUUUGGGCGUACUUGAACUGAACAACAGGAAUCAAGUGCCGACGCCGAUUUACCUAGCAGAAGGUAGAAACCCAGUUCCCAGGUGGAUCUACAAAAUCAUUUAUAGUGUCGACAGCAAAAAAACAACAGUGAUUUUGACAUCAAACAAUGGAUGGGAAACUGUAGGACCAAACCCAUAUGCUUUUUGUCGAGUUGUGCCCUGCCCCCCAACAUUAAUACUUACUGAAGUUGGAUUUACAUUCUGCUGCGAUCCAACUGACUUUAUUAAAAGGAACAACCCAUGGUUUCGGGUUGCAUUCAGACACACAAAAGACAUAUUUGGAGAUGAAUUACGAUAAUAACGAUGAAAAAGAUUAAUAAUGUUCACACAAAACAAGUUAUUUUCAUAAUAAUAGUAUUGUUAUAAGUUACAAUUGUAUAACAUUAUAAAACAGGUUCGAUUGGCAAGAAAUGAUUCAUAUAGAAAAAACUGGAAUGAUAAGAUUUCUACACAUUAGAUAUAACCCAAUAAAAUAUAUCACAUUGUUUUCAUUCAGUAUCUA